GUUUCAUCUUUGCACUGUAGCCCACCACGCUCGUUAACGGUGGUUUGAACGUUCUUGUUCAACCCUAUUGUUCUGGCUGCAGUGCAUUGAAGGUUCAGUCCAACAAAUACAAGUAGUCCAGACACCUCACAAUGCGUCCCGUCGCGACCCUCUUUCUGGCCGCCCUGGCUGCGGCCACCGUCCAGGCCACGGCCCCGACCUGCAGCGCCGACGACAAGUGCCCGGAGGACUAUCCCUGCUGCUACAGCGGAAUGUGUGGUGUCGGCACCUACUGCCUGGGCGGCUGCAACCCCCUCGACUCCUACUCGCUCGACUCCUGCGCGCCCGAGCCCAUCUGCAAGAACCAGACCUACACCUUCACUAACAUGGACAACGCCAUCCUCUACGAUCACUACCUCGGCAACGCCACCGAAUACGACUGGGUGUACAGCGGCUACCCCAAGAUCCAGAACGACAGCCUGUGGCUGACCAUGCCCAACGGCACCACCGGCAGCCUGUUCGCCCUCAACCACUACAUCUGGUACGGCAAGAUCUCGGCCUCGAUCAAGAGCAGUCGCACCAAGGGUGUCAUCACCGGCUUCAUCCUGAUGUCCGACGACGAGGACGAGAUCGAUUACGAGUGGGUCGGCUACAACCUCACCAGUGUCCAGACCAACUUUUACUUCCAGGGAAUUGAAAACUACACCAACGAAGUCACCGCCGCCGUCUCGGACGGCGACACCUUCGACGACUGGCACACAUACACGAUCGACUGGAAGCCCGAGACGCUGGAAUGGCAGAUUGACGGCGUGACGAUGCGCACGCUGACGCGCAACUCGACCUACAACGCCACCGCCGGCCGCUACCAGUACCCCCAAACCCCGUCGCGCCUGGAAAUGUCCCUCUGGCCCGGCGGCUCCGAGGCCGAGGGUCUCGGCACCAUCGAAUGGGCCGGCGGGCUGAUCGACUGGAACAGCACCGACAUCGAGGAGUACGGCUACUUCUACGCCCAGUACAAGAACAUCACCAUCGAGUGCUAUCCCGCGCCCGCCGGCACCAUCGACGACGGCGACGUCUCGUACGUCUACACCAGCGACUCCGGCCUGUCCAGCACCAUCGAGCUGUCUGGGAACUCCACCGUGCUGAACAACCUCGAGGAUACGGGUCUGAACAUGACCGCCGGUAGCAAGGUCACCGCGUCGGACAGUUCGUCGGAUAGUUCGUCCGGCUCGAGUUCUUCGUCCGGAAGCUCCAGCUCCAGCUCCGGCUCGAGUAAGAGUGCCGCUGCUUCGCACGGUCAGUGGGCGGUGCAGGGCUCGUUGGUCGCCGCCGUCGCUGCCGUCGUGGCUUUGAGCUCUCUGUGAGGGCUUGGGAUGUACAUCCCCUCAUCCCCUCCCUCCCCGGGGGACUGUGUCUCGUUUACUUCUCGUUCGGUAUAUAUACUUUACAGACUUGGUGCGCGGAUCUCAUGCGCCAAUGUAUUCACCAUGGUGUAUUAUAUUCUUAGAAUAAUGUUAAUG